GGCGGGAGGGGGGAGCCAGCCAAGCCCGAGUCGAGCCCCAGCGAGAGAACUGGAGGGCGGGCUAGGCGCUCAGCGGCGGCGGACCGCGGCCGGAGCUCGGCGCCAGCCACCUCGGGCCUCCCAGCCAGCCCCGCGGCGGGGCAGCCGCAGGAGUCCUGGCUGUGGCCAGUGCGCAGUGGGCCAUGCCGGGGGCAGUGGAAGCUCCCAGCUGGAAGCAAGCGGAGGACAUUAGAGACAUUUACGACUUCCGUGAUAUUCUGGGCACGGGGGCCUUCUCUGAGGUAAUCCUGGCAGAAGAUAAGAGGACUCAGAAGCUGGUGGCCAUCAAAUGCAUUGCCAAGAAGGCCCUGGAGGGCAAGGAGGGCAGCAUGGAGAAUGAGAUUGCUGUCCUGCACAAGAUCAAGCACCCCAACAUUGUAGCCCUGGAUGACAUCUAUGAAAGUAGGGGCCAUCUCUACCUCAUCAUGCAGCUGGUGUCGGGUGGGGAGCUGUUUGACCGCAUCGUGGAGAAAGGCUUCUACACAGAGAGGGAUGCCAGCCGCCUCAUCUUCCAGGUGCUGGAUGCCGUCAAGUACCUGCAUGACCUGGGCAUCGUACACAGGGAUCUCAAGCCAGAGAAUCUGCUGUAUUACAGCCUGGAUGAAGACUCCAAGAUCAUGAUCUCUGACUUUGGCCUCUCCAAGAUGGAGGACCCAGGCAGUGUACUCUCCACUGCCUGUGGAACCCCGGGAUACGUGGCCCCUGAGGUCCUAGCCCAGAAGCCCUACAGCAAGGCUGUGGAUUGCUGGUCCAUAGGGGUCAUCGCCUACAUCCUGCUCUGUGGUUACCCCCCCUUCUAUGACGAGAAUGAUGCCAAACUCUUCGAACAGAUUUUGAAGGCCGAAUAUGAGUUUGACUCUCCUUACUGGGACGACAUCUCGGACUCCGCCAAAGAUUUUAUCCGGCACUUGAUGGAGAAGGAUCCAGAGAAGAGGUUCACCUGUGAGCAGGCCUUGCAGCACCCAUGGAUUGCAGGGGAUACGGCUCUAGAUAAGAAUAUCCAUCAGUCAGUGAGCGAGCAGAUCAAGAAGAACUUUGCCAAGAGCAAAUGGAAGCAAGCCUUCAACGCCACAGCUGUGGUGCGGCACAUGAGGAAGCUGCAGUUGGGCACCAGCCAGGAGGGGCAGGGACAGAUGCCGAGCCAUGGGGAGCUGCUGCCACUGGCAGCUGGGGGGUCGGCGGCUGGCUGCUGCUGUCGAGACUGCUGUGUGGAGCCAGGUCCAGAACUUGCCCCUACACUGCCCCCCCAACUCUAGGCCCUGGAGCUAGGGUCAGGAUCCCCUGCCUGGGAAGGAUUGGGGGACAGUCUGCUCCCCUUCCCUUCUUGACUGGGGAGUUAUCCUGCCCCACCACCUCCCAUUCCCUUCCCUCCACUGCAUUUUCCAUACAAAUGUUUCUAUUUUAUUGUUCCUUCUUGUAAUAAAGGGAAGAGGAUAAAACCAUA